UUAUUCUUAUUGGGAAUGGACAAUGGAAUGUUCUCUAGCUUUAUCAUGAUCAAAAACCUCCUUCUGUUUUGUAUUUCCAUGAACUUAGCCAGUCACUUUGGCUUUUCACAAAUGCCAACCAGUUCUGUAAAAGAUGAAACCAAUGACAACAUCACAAUAUUCACCAGGAUCUUGGAUGGGCUCCUGGAUGGCUAUGACAACAGACUGAGGCCUGGGCUCGGAGAGCGUAUCACUCAGGUGAGAACGGACAUCUACGUCACCAGUUUCGGCCCGGUGUCUGACACGGAAAUGGAAUACACCAUAGACGUGUUUUUCCGACAAAGCUGGAAAGACGAAAGGCUUCGGUUUAAAGGGCCCAUGCAGCGCCUCCCUCUCAACAACCUCCUUGCCAGCAAAAUCUGGACUCCAGACACCUUCUUCCACAAUGGGAAAAAGUCCAUCGCCCACAACAUGACCACGCCCAACAAGCUGCUGCGGCUGGAGGAUGAUGGCACUCUGCUCUACACCAUGCGCUUGACCAUCUCGGCAGAAUGCCCAAUGCAACUUGAAGACUUCCCGAUGGAUGCCCAUGCCUGCCCUCUGAAAUUUGGCAGCUAUGCAUAUCCUAAUUCCGAAGUUGUCUAUGUCUGGACCAACGGCACAACCAAGUCGGUGGUGGUGGCAGAAGAUGGCUCCAGACUGAACCAAUACCACCUGAUGGGGCAGACAGUGGGCACAGAGAACAUCAGCACAAGCACAGGUGAAUACACAAUCAUGACGGCUCAUUUCCAUCUGAAGAGGAAGAUCGGGUACUUUGUCAUCCAGACCUAUCUCCCCUGCAUAAUGACUGUGAUCUUGUCACAAGUGUCCUUUUGGCUGAACCGAGAAUCAGUCCCAGCCAGGACAGUGUUUGGGGUGACGACGGUGCUGACCAUGACGACCCUCAGCAUCAGUGCCCGGAACUCUCUGCCCAAAGUGGCUUAUGCGACGGCCAUGGACUGGUUCAUAGCCGUGUGCUACGCUUUUGUGUUCUCUGCGCUGAUCGAGUUUGCCACUGUCAACUAUUUCACAAAGAGAGGCUGGGCCUGGGACGGCAAAAAAGCCUUGGAAGCAGCCAAGAUCAAGAAAAAGGAGCGUGAACUUACACUAAAUAAAUCAACAAAUGCUUAUACUACUGGGAAGAUGACCCACCCCCCAAACAUCCCAAAGGAGCAGACCCCUGCAGGGACCUCAAAUGCCUCUUCAGCCUCAGUAAAACCUGAAGACAAGACUUCUGAAAACAAAAAGACUUACAACAGCAUCAGCAAGAUCGACAAAAUGUCCCGAAUUAUAUUCCCAGUCCUGUUUGGCACUUUCAACCUAGUUUACUGGGCAACAUAUUUGAAUAGGGAGCCAGUGAUUAAAGGGGCUACCUCUCCAAAAUGA